AUGAUCGUCACUUUUGUGGAAGCCGUAGAGGAUAAGUUAAGGGGAAUCAACGUAGUGAAUUUGGAGUUGGACUUAUUGAUUUUGAUACUUUACUUUGUAAAUUGUGCCCCUUUAAUAUUAUAAGUACCUGUGCAUUCCCUUGGGAAUAGUUUUCAAUUCAUUGAGAUGUAAAAAUCAGAGAGUUUUGUACAAUUUAUUCUUUGGCUUAUUUUUUACUAUGAUCAUCACUAAGGAAUGGUUCAUAUACAUUUUCGCAUGGGCCAUCUUAAUUUACUUUGUUGGCAAAAUGUUCAAAGAUCCUUAUUACCCAAUAUUUAUAGUCGGAUUCAUCAUCAUGUCGUACUGUCAUGUGUAUAGAUUGAUGGUAAGGAUAUGCGUAUGAUUUCUACAUAGUACGAUUACUUGAGUUGGAAGAUGGAUUAUAAUUGCAUCCAAAUGAUGAUAACAGCUCGUUACAUCUACUACGCAGUCGACAAGUCCAAAAUCAAAGAGCACGAUUCCUUCCUCAUGUUCCUAUCCUACAUUUUUAUGUAUCCCAACCUUUACCUGGCUCCUCUUCCCUAUGUAAGCUUCGUAAAUCUGAUAAUUCGUAAAGAAGAUUUCACUCACUACUCAAUCAAACCUGCCUUGAUCAACUUGUUCAAGGCUAUGUUGUUUACAGCUGGCGAAUUGUUCAUAAGGCCUAGAUUUGACACAGAGGUGUAUUAUUCUGAAAACUGGACUCAUUACAAUUUAAUUUAAAAAGUGCUCGUCACUCAGGCAGUUUCAGUGGUAUUGAGAUUCCAAUACUUUACUGCCUUCAAACACUCCCAGGCAGCCAUGGAUGCAUUCGGAAUUACUUAUAAUCCAGAGACGAAGAAAUGCGAUAGAUUUCCAGUGGCUGAUUAUCAUUAUGAUAUUGAAAAGAAUAUAAUGAAGAAAACCAUGAUGUGGAAUUCGAAUGUGUAACUUUGGUUGAGGUAUUGCUUCUAUGAUAGACUAAACCAUUUGUUCGGGUCGUAUACAUAUUAUGUUACAUUUUUAAUCAGUUGUGUUUGGUAAAUGUCAAUUGUAAUCGAAUUUAGGCAUGGGUUCUAUAUGACUUAUUACUUAUUCUUUGUGUUCUGGGCCAUCAGCGUACAAAUAUGCAAAUACUUUUACAAGGCUCAAAGCAAAUUCUAUUUGUAAAAACUUAGGAGUCAUUUAAUUUAGCAUCCCUGAAAAGGUCAGACACGCGAUUUGCUGGUUCUGGAGUUGCAUGACGAUUGACCAUUUCGCCACAGGCAUGAAGGUGCUGGAUUGGAACAAGGCCAUCGAGUUCCAUCAGAGUGUGAAUUGGGUGAUUCACAUCCAGGCUUUGGUGUUGUUUGGGUUCUUUGCGAUCACAGGGUUCGGGUAAAAGAAGACGGUGAAGAAGAAGGAUUGAAUUAUAUUGAA